AUGGCUUUGAAGCGUAUUAACAAGGAAUUGAAAGAUCUCGAACGUGAUCCUCCCUCAUCUUGCUCCGCCGGUCCUAUCGGUGACGAUAUGUUCCACUGGCAAGCUACUAUAAUGGGUCCUGAAGAUAGCCCUUACCAAGGUGGUGUGUUCUUUUUGGCCAUCCACUUCCCGACCGACUAUCCCUUCAAGCCCCCAAAGAUCAACUUCACCACCAAGAUUUACCAUCCCAAUAUCAACACCAACGGCAGCAUUUGCUUGGAUAUCUUGAAAGAUCAAUGGUCUCCUGCACUGACUAUUUCCAAGGUUCUCCUGUCAGUUUGCUCCUUGCUCACCGAUCCUAAUCCUGAUGACCCAUUGGUGCCCGAAUUGGCUCACAUCUACAAGACCGAUCGUGCACGCUAUGAGAGUACAGCAAGAGAAUGGACUAGAAGAUUUGCCAGUAAGUUAACAUGCCGUUAUUUUGAUUGGAUACAACUUACUUAUUGA